UGGGCCAGUCGGCCAGGCGCCAUCUUUGAGGCUGGCAGCCGAAGGGUCCGUGGCUGCUGCCCGAGGAACGAAAAGCAGUGGCGGCAGCGGCGGCGACAGACCCUGGCAGCGGAUGAAGGAAAAGUCGAGGCCGCGGCGGAAGCGUUGAAGAGCGACUCCGGCCCGGUCAAGUUACGCUUUCAGGUAACUAGACCGUCUUCUCGACCUCGGAGCGGGUCGAGGUUCUGGGGUGUGGGGAAGCCCCGGGGACAGCGGCCUAGGGAGUCCCGGGCGGGCCCUUCGUCAGUCCCGCCGUAACGACCCCGCCCGGCGAGACUCCCCGGCCCCCCAUCGCUCCAGUCACGGAUCGGCGGGGACCCCCUCCCCGCCCCCACCCCGGUCGUCCCCCGAGUCACGGCCGAGCCCAGUCCGGACUCCUCCUCCCGGCAGCCCGCCGGCCCGCGCGGCUCGGGCCUGCGGCCAGGUGACGAUGCCUCCUCAGCCCAUCUUCCGAGGCCGAGCCCUUCGGUCCGCCGGAGAAACUCCCCGAAAUCGGGGGCCGGGUCCCCGCGGCUCGUGGACCGAGGUCCCGGUGUUCGAAUCCCGACUUGGACCGGGCUCUGGGCUUCGUUGCGCCUCCAGUUUCCCUCCUCUGUUUAAAAAAAAGAAAAAAGAAAGAAGAAAAAGAAGAAGAGGAGGCUGGACUAGCUGAUGACGCGUGAGGCCCCUUUCCGCUCUAGUUCCGGGCGCCCCACGGUCCCUCCUCUUCGUAGUGUCGGUGAAGGGCGACAGCCCCCCUCUAGCGCGGCACCCCGGGAGCGGACUCCGCUGCCUUCCUGCCCGCCGUCCGCUUCCAGCCGCCUUAACUUCGGGACCUGGAGGAGGACGCGCUUCCCUAGGCUUGGUCAGUCCGAGUUUGUAAAGCGCCCACUACGCGCCAGGCACGGCGCCCAGUGCUGGGGGACACAAAGACCGGCUCGGUCGGCGGAGUUCGGCGCUGACCCAAGUGAAGCCAAAGUUAAUUCACUUUCCUGGCUUGAGGUUGUCUGGCAAUGCAACCCGCGCGUUACUUAUUUACAGAUUGUAAAGUAUCUCCAUUCCUCCGAGGAGAGUAAGGACCACAGUUGGGUUCGUUCUUGAUACAAAUUGCAAAUCAAGAUCUGCGGCGUAACUCUCGGAAACAUGUAACGUCUCGGCUCUCUCUGAUGCGUGGUUUAGGUGAAAAGGGGCGGGGGCGAGGAAGAAGGGGACGGAAAAGCUUUUGCUGUGAUUGACUGGUUUGGGGAUAUUCCCUGCUCAAAAAAGUCCUGGAAAAUUGACUAGUGUCAAGUGUGAAGAAAUCUUGAAGACCAGAAUUGGAUAUUAUUCAAUUUUUUGCUUUUGUUUUUUAAAAAAAAAAAUAAAUUGUCCGGCUGUGGAAGAUGGAUCUUUUUUUGUAGCCCUUUGAAUUUCAAGUUCAUCUUUAAAUGAACUAUUUUUUUUUUUUUGGAAGAGAUAACUAACCCUGGCUGUCUCCAGUCUGACAGAGGUUAUUCGAAUGGACUUAUUCUUCCAGUAGUUGGGAGAUGUUUAAAAAAUACAGCCUGUGUUUGAAUUGUGGCUGAGAGGUGUUUCCUUGGCAAUGUGAGGAGGAAAAUUCUUUCUGCCCCUUUAUUAUUAAUUCAUGGAUUGAGUGUUGGUUCGACCUACAGGAGUAAUAAAUUGGAAUUCAUUGAAGACAGACGAUCCUAUUGAGGUCACCCAGCUAAUGUAACAUAUUAAAGAAGAUUUCAGUGGUUGAAUUGCCUGUGGAAGAUUGAGACCAUUUGAGAAAGAGUUGGAACCUGGUUCUCUUCUAAAGAAGUAGGGGCUUAUUUUCAAGCCCCAGCAUUUGAUCUAAGGAUCUGGCCAGCAUGUCUAAUCAAGGAGAAGAUUGCUACUUUUAUUUCUAUUCUACAUGUACCAAGGGGGAUAGCUGCCCGUUCCGGCACUGUGAAGCUGCCCUAGGAAAUGAGACUGUCUGCACACUGUGGCAGGAAGGGCGCUGUUUUCGACAGGUCUGCAGGUUCCGACACAUGGAAAUUGAUAAAAAACGGAGUGAGAUUCCAUGCUACUGGGAAAACCAACCAAUGGGAUGUCAAAAAUUAAAUUGUGCAUUUCAUCACAACAGGGGACGCUAUGUUGAAGGCCUUUUCCUACCUCCAAGCAAAACUAUUUUACCCAUUGUGCCUGAGUCACCAGAUGAAGAGGUGAAAGCUAGUCAGCUCUCAAUGCAGCAGAACAAACUUUCUGUCCAGUCCAACCCCUCUCCCCAGCUUCGGGGUGUAAUGAAAGUGGAAAGUUCAGAAAAUGUUCCCAGUCCCACACAUCCUCCAGUUGUAAUUAAUGCGGCAGAUGAUGAUGAAGAUGAUGAUGAUCAGUUUUCUGAGGAAGGAGAUGAAACUAAAACACCUAUUCUUCAACCAGCUCCUGAAGUUCAUAAUGGAUUACGAAUAACUGGUGCCCGGAAACCUGGGGUCAGCUUAAAGCAAGGUGAUAGUUUGAAUUUUGGAAUAAAAACUCUUGAAGAAAUCAAGUCAAAGAAAAUGAAGGAAAAAUCCAAGAAGCAAGGAGAAGGGCCUUCAGGAGCAUCUGCUCACCUACUUCAACCUCAACCAAUUCCAGGUCCUGAGAAAGAGAAUGUCAGAACUGUGGUGAGGACUGUGACCCUGUCCAACAAACAAGGAGAAGAACCCUUUGUACGACUGAGUCUUACAGAAAGGCUAGGGAAGCGGAAGCUCUCAGGUGUUGACAGUGACCCUCCACUGAAACGAAGCCUUGCUCAAAGGCUUGGGAAGAAAAUUGAGUCUCCAGAAAUGAAUACUGACAAAACACCAAAGAAAGUUCAAGUUUCUAAGUCUCUAAAGGAGAGAUUAGGAAUGCCAGCUGAUCUAAACAGUAUGGAGACAACAGCAGAACGAUCUGCUAAAGGCGGAGAAAUCCAUGUGAAGACAUUAGAAGAAAUCCGUCUUGAGAGAGCUAGCCAAAAACGAGGAGACUUGCAACCCAAAAUCAAGAAUGAAGGAACCCAUAAGACUGAAGAUUCCAGUUUAGGGAUGAGGAGCUCUUCUGCUAUCCGAAUCAAAACAUUUUCUGAAGUCCUGGCUGAAAAGAAACACCGGCAGCAGGAAGAAGAGAGACAGAAAGCAGAGAAGGAAAACCCUUCUGUUAAGCUUAGAAUGGACAGUGAGUUUAAGAAACCAGUAAUCUUGCCUCCCACCACUGCCAGCAAAGGACAACUGGAAGAGCCUACAAGUAAAAUAAAGCCCAUGCAGGAAGUACACAUAAAAACCUUGGAGGAGAUCAAACAGGAAAAGGCAUUAAGGGUACAACAGAGUGCUGAGAACAGCACCAAUUCCCAGCAGCAGCCUGAGAAUAUUCCAGUCAUAAGACGACUGCUCCGCAUCACCAAAAGAACAGGUAUAAAAGAAGAGAAGAAACUUAGUGAAGUAGGUGAAACCACAUCUCGAAUUGGUGUUACCCGAACAGAGGCUGUUGAGGUUUCCUCACAGCCUUCUGAUGAGACUCCAGGAGAUGGCAUUUCCAAAAUUCAAGUCAAGAAAUUUGAGGAUAUCAUGAGAGAGAAGCGCAUGCAGAAACAGCAAGAGGUGGAAACUCUACAGAAGGAGAAAAAUGUUUUGACACCCCUUCAGGAAGAAGCAGCACCUAGUAACAUCCAAGUGGCAGAGAAAUCAGAACUGAAUAUUGUGCCAGGAAUCACCCGGCAGCUAACAAAGCGCAUGCCAAUAAAAGCCCAGCAAGUAGAGGUAGAAACUUCAGGAAUUGGGGAUUCAAUACUGAAUGUGAAAUGUGCAGCACAGCCCUUGGAAAAAAGGGGUAAAGCCAAGCCUAAGGUUAAUGCCAAGCCAUCUGUGGUUAGAAUCAUUUCAACCCCUAAAUUGAUCACCAAACGCAAGGCAGCUGAAGUCCACCCUGCUGUCAUUGCAGCUAUAAAGCCGCUCAGUUCCAGCAACAUUCUUCAGGAAAGCCCAAGCAAAAAAGCAGCUGUGGCUGCUGUUCCAGUUCUCUCUGAGGACAAACCAGUCACUGUGUCAGAGACAGAAAGACCCCCAAACAGUUUUAAUCUGCCUCCAAACCAAGCUUCUUCUGAACCCCCACCACCAGAAAUAUCUAGUCCUUCUUCAUCCCAAGUGGCAACAAAAAGCCGCCGGCUCAGCUCUGCCUCUUCAGGGAAAACCCCCCUUUCUGUGGAGGAUGACUUUGAGAAACUGAUCUGGGAGAUCUCAGGAGGCAAAUUGGAAGCAGAAAUUGAUCUGGAUCCUGGAAAGGAUGAAGAUGACCUUCUACUUGAGCUAUCAGAAAUGAUUGAUAGCUGAAAGUGGUGAUGAGUUCGCUUAAAAAAAACCUCACAAAAAAACCUGGAUUUUGUUUCAUCUAUUAUAACAUUUGCCUGAGGUGACUAUUUCUCUAGACCAGGAUUUGCCCCAAUCAGAAGCAUACCUCAAAAGUAUUUACACUUGUUUGGGCCUCCUGUGGGUCAAAUUAAAGAGAAGGCCUUUGGGCAGCCAUCCUGUCUAUUAUUGUUUAGCUUUGAGAUAAAGUUCCUUGUCUCACCCCUCCACCUCCAGUCCCCUCCUUCUCCUACUUAAUAAAAGAGAGAGAGAGUAGAGAUGAGAUUGAGUUGGUGGGGCAUAAAGGAACCUAGAGCUUUAAGGUCUAUGUUUUAAUUCUGGCUUUUUUCUUUGGGUCUUCUUUGUUGUGUGUAUGAAUGGAUACAUGAAAGGUUUUGGAGUUUGAAAAAGAUGAAGACAGCUGCUACUACUCUUAAGGACCAAAUUUCAUGCUGCCACUGAGCAUACACUCAGCCAUUGUUACAUUGUCUGUCCUUUUAUAAUGUAUUUAAACUGUUAACAUAGCUUUACAGAGGGCUAAGCAGCUACAGGGAGUAAACCAGAAUAACAUGGACAAUUCUUCUAGGCCCGAGUCGUGGUGCUUCUGCUACUCUGAAGGUUUAUAACUAGCAACAGCUUAUUUAUGACUACUGUAAUUUUAAAAGGACUUUUCUUUUUUGCUUGAAAGUGCCUCGGUGGUCCCAAGAACUAUGGUGUUGCUGGGAUCCCCUGGUUUCUUCACAAGAAGUGACAUGAUUAGAAGACCCCUCUUCUCAGCGUGAAAGUUUCUCUCUUCCCCUCCCCCAACUAUUCCUCCCCAGUACUUUUCCACCACCACUGGCAUUGAAUCACCAGGAGUUGUGUGAAGGGUUAUGGUUUUUUGUUUUUUAAAUAUGUACUGCUGCAGUUCCAGCACAUUCUCUUGCCCAGGAUUGCUCUACCCUUAACCACCUAGAAAGGAAACCGAAUCAGCUGCUGAUUUUCAUAUGUGAACUCUAGCAAUACACUGAAGCCCGCUGUAACAGGGAUGUUGAGAUGCUUUGGAGGUGUAUUGUGUACCUUCCAUUUUUGUAGAUGAUUUUUCCUACUACUUCUGAAAUGAUUUUUUUCGUUGUUCUUGAUGUCCUCUCCACAUUCUCUCAAGGGUUUUAGACUUGUGCUAGAAUGAGCCUCUUCAGGCUUGUGUUCUCAGAAUGAGAUAUAUUGCAUUGUAAAUAUUUGUGUUCAUAUGGUAUUUUGAAGAAAGAAAAAAAAACUUGUCCAUUUUUAUAAUUCCUUGUAGGUGGUAUCUUGGUUCCCUAGGGAAAAUUGACCCACCUGUCAUAUUGGCUCCUAAGGAACUGCUGUUGUAGGCGGCUCAUCAAAAGGAGAACUUCAUGUAAUCUCAUGGGAGGGUGGAGAAUGCCACAGGACUACCCAUUUGGCCUUGUUGAGGUCUGAAUGGUUAUGCACAAACAAAAGUGACUUGAGAAAUCCAGACAUAAAAAAAAAAUAAACACAAUCCCCACCCCUCCCUCUGCAAUUGAAAGUAUUUGUCAUAUGAGGACCCCUCCCCAAGGCCAAGCGUGGAAUGUUCUGGCUCCAUUACUGAUUGCCUCCUCCUCCUUCCCCAUUUCAUUCUUGAGAUCUGCACAGAGAUCUCUCAUGCCCUUUGUAAAUAACCAUUUUAUUCUUUUCAUUUUUUAUGAUUUUGUUUGUAUCCUAUUUAAAGCACUUGUAUUAUUAAUCUGUGUCUGAAUCAUUCAUGUUCAGCAUCAUUUGAACCAUUAGUCAUUACAGAGAAAGACAUAUUUGUGUUUUAAAUAAAACUGG